UUUAUAUACCACUAUCGCUUGGAUAACAGAAGCAAAUAGUCAAAGCGAGACUUCUUUGCACCACAACUCAUCUAUCCUGACAGCUUGGAGUUGUCGGGAAAGUUUUUUUUUCCUCUCCGAACAACGGACAUGCAAAGAGUGUGAUCGAUGUAAGGUGUGCGCAUUCAGGUGUCAUUGGCAGGUACGAGCGGAACUUAUCUUGUUUGAUCGCAUACUGGAUCAAGACUAAGUAGCAAAGGCCGUGGAUUGUUCACCGAAGAGGAGACACCCCGCUACUUACAAAUUCAAUCUUUGCGCGCUUUGGCGAGAGAGCGCCGUGCGCACGGCCGCGGACCGUGGACAUCUCGGGGGAGACAUUGAUUUCUGUUGAUUGCGAUCUUUUUAAAGCAAAGAAGAGCCUCAUGCUGCUUCCAGCAGCACAAUUGCACUUCCUUUAUCUCUCUUUUCCCUGGGAUUGCACAUCUCCUCCGGGAUUUUGUGUGUGAGACACUGGCGGGGCUCCGCGUCAAAGGCUGGAAACAGGUGUAUUUGACCAAGAUGUCUGUUAUGCCUUCGAGGUUUUUCUACGUGUGUUUACAUUUUCUGGUCCUCUACUUCCAGUUACAGGAAUCGCACCAGAGUUCGGCUGACUUCCGGUUCUACAUCGAGAAUCACACUCGAGAUGACGUGAGCCGGAAACAGGUGCGGAUAUAUCAGCUCUACAGCAGAACCACAGGGAAACACGUGCAGAUCCUGGGCAAGAAGAUCAACGCCAAUGGAGACGAUGGGGGCAAGUACGCUCUACUUGUUGUUGAGACAGAAACAUUUGGGAGUCACAUUCGAAUAAAAGGGAAAGAGAGCGGAUAUUACAUUUGCAUGAACAAGAACGGCAAAAUUAUUGGAAAGCCCAAUGGGAAUAACCAGGAGUGCGUCUUCGUGGAGGAAUAUUUGGAGAACAACUACACGGCACUGGUGUCGGCCAAGUACAAAGGCUGGUAUUUGGGUUUCAACCGAAAGGGUCGACCCAAGAAAGGCUCAAGGACCACGCAGACACAACAGGAAGUGCAUUUCAUGAAACGCCAUCCAAAGGGUAAAGUGGACCCUCUGGAGGAGUUCCGUUUCACAACGGUAACGAAACGGACACGUAGGGCGCGGCGUUUAAAAUCCAACCCCAAAACUAACUGAAUCAGUGAGGAUGAGUAUGCACUGUUCCCUAAGGAUACCACGAGCUUCUUGCCAUACAACACCUUAAAGACUAAUCUUAUGGAAGAGGACACAAGUAAAAAAAAAAAAAAUGGCUACAGAAACAAGACAAGAAGCUAAACAAAAAAGUUAAAAGAUGUUUUAUUUUUAUAUUUCAGAAGCGUCAAGUUUCUCCCACCUGUUGAAUGUUUAUGGGUUUUUCUAAAUCUAAACUGGUGUCUGUUAUUUUAUUUAUACUGGAUUAACUAAGGAUGGCAUACAUGGAACUAGUGUCUCAUGCUAUGAUACGUUUACAGCAGAAGGCAUCCUGUUAAAACUCUGGAAUAACGACAAGAGUAAACCACACCGCCUGGGAUACCUUUUAUUUUCAUUUGUGUUGCCACCGAAAACAGGGAUCCAAUAUUUUCCACUGGAAUGAGCUGUCAUGGAGAUGCAACAAGAGAGUGAUAACAUAAUCAUGUGACCUUUACAGGGCUCCAUAGGAAAACGUAAAUCGCUGAGUGCAAUAUUUUGAAGAACCGUGUUGUUCCUCUCCUUGUCGGAUGUUUUCCUGUGGGCCGCUGCUCUUCUGAGCAGACACCAGGCCCUUUAUGCGUGAAAUGUGCAGAACGCUCCGAGUACUAUUUGGUUCCUGUGACAUUUUAUAUAAUCUGUGAAUCAGUUUAGAUCGACAUGCUUUGACUAGCCAGAUCAGCUAUGGUAGUAGUUCUUUUAAAAAACAAACGAGAAGCUAGAAAAUGAAGGGUCUGGGAGAGAUCAGAGAGGCAUUUGACUUUGCUUAUUGUAAAAAGGUUUUGGGAAUUACAAUGGUCUGAAUGCCCUCAUCUACUUCACUAGCAUGUAACGCACCAUUGUGUACUUUAGCAAAAUGCAGGCUAAGUUUCAAUGAUGCAGUAAUUACGUGCUGAUGAUAUUGUCACCCUGUGUCCUUUCUACAAACAAUUUGGCUGCCAAAACAUGCAAAGACAAUUCUGCAAAAUGCAAAAACCAGGUAUAUCGCAGUGCUCUUAAUUUCCAUGACAGUUGACUGAGAUUAAUCUGAAUACUUGCAUGUUAUUCAGCCAAUGAAAUCGCCCCUGUCUGAACCAAAACCAGUUGUUCUAGUUGUCAGUUGUCUUCUUUCAUACUUUGACCACGUACACACUGCAGCUAAAUCUGGUUGUCACUCCUCUUUUGAGUUCUUAAAGUGUUAUGACAAACUCAAUUUUUUUUUUUUUUCCUGAGGUCCACUUAUUUUGUUAGUAAAGUUUUUUUUUUUUUUUUUUUUUUUUUCGGAACCAAAACAGUCAUAAUUUAGUGAUAUACUGUAUGAUAGUAUUUCACCCUGUAUCUGGCCCUCUGUCUGAAAUGCUUGGCUUUGGCCUCAGCAUCUCCUUUAAACUUCAAUGUAAACGCCCAAUGUUAUGAUUGACUAAACUCGUGCAGUACCUUUGAAUAUAAUCAAAUGUAUUUGAAACUCAGUCGAAAAAGAAUGAACCUACUCCACAACAAUACAAAACUAAAUUUCAGGGUUUACACAUAACAUACACCCAAUUGCAUCCGUAUCAAACCGUUCAGUCAAGCACAGCAGCACCAUAGAAUAUAAAUGUCAAACAGUCAUAACAUAUGAAAGAUUUAUGAAUGGAAUUGUCUACUUACGGUUUUGCA